AUGACGACCUAUCCCUUUAACGUGGAACAGCUGACCCGUUUGAAGGGCAAGACACUGUUGAUAACAGGUGCAGGGUCCGGAAUCGGACGUGAAACUGCCAGAGCUGCAUAUAAAUCGGGUGCGAAUGUUGCGCUGGCCGACUGGAACGAAAAAGAUACGCAGGCACUCUUAUCAGAGCUCAAAUCAGCUCAAGCUGGGGUUACUGCAGACCGCAUUAUCUUCCGUAAGACGAACGUGGCCAACUUCGAAGACGUUCUGGAGAUCUUUCAGUUGACGUGGAAAACGUUUGGCACGAUCGAUGCGGUCAUCUCGAAUGCUGGUGUGAGCUCUGGCGAAGACCUAUUCGACGACGAGAUCGACCCUGAAUCGGGUAAACUCAUGGCGCCUAAGCUCCGAUCGAUCGACAUCAACCUCACUGCCCACCUUUUACGUCGUGAAAUCAUAACCAGCUCAGCAGCCGGUAUCUUAGACACACCCCCAGUGUACCUGUAUUGCACCGCCAAAACCGGAUUAAUCGGUCUAAUGCGUGGUUUGCGAACGUCGCUGAUCAAACGCAACAUAAGCAUCAACGUGGUAGCACCGUGGCUAACUGUCACUGCGAUGGUGCCACAAGGCCGGCUGGCGCUUUGGGAAGGCCUGCCCCUCAAUCAACCGGCGACAGCUGCUCAUGCGUUGCUGCUGCCUGUUUUGCAACCAGAAAUCAACGGCAAGUGCUUUUUCAUCGCGGGUGAUGAGAUCGUAGAGUUCGAGGACAAACUGCACGAGACGCAGCCACUGUGGAUGGGUUCCAAACAGCUCAGUGACAGUGUUGAUGAGGGUCAGCGAAGAAUGAUUGGAGUGAUUCAGGAGUCUCGCGCUAUCGGAUUGUAA